AUGCCUCAGCUCGAGAGCUCGGCGGACGUCCAGUAUCAGCAUCAGCUGCCUACGGUCAGCUUUCGCGAGAUCAGGGAUGAUCCGUCCCUCCUUGCACCUGCAGGUGUUCACUCUGACCAGCUGCGUCACUAUGGCUACAAUGACUUCUCCGACUACACUCGUCCAGAGCACUACAUCCGAUACAUAGAGCCGAUAGAGACAGAGCUCGCGGUACAGGUCGAAUAUGACAUGGAUGAGCAGGACCAAGCCUGGCUGGAGGCCAUCAAUGCCGAGCGGAGAAAAGAUCAGUCCGGAGCGAUCAGCUAUGAGGUCUUUGAAGUCAUUAUGGACAAGCUAGAGAAGGAGUGGUUUAACCUGAUCAAGCGUAUACCUCAGCCUGCAUCACAUAUGCCCGUGGAGGACUCAAAGUGCGCAGUAUGUGAUGAUGGCGAAGGCGAGAACUCGAACGCUAUCGUAUUCUGCGAUGGGUGCAAUUUGGCCGUCCACCAAGACUGCUAUGGCGUACCGUACAUCCCCGAGGGGCAGUGGCUAUGUCGAAAGUGUACAGUCUCGCCGGAGAACCCGGUAUCUUGUCUCGUCUGCCCGAACGAAGGCGGAGCUUUCAAGCAGACCACAACCGGUCACUGGGCGCAUCUUCUCUGCUCGAUCUGGAUUCCAGAGUUGAUGCUCGGUAACGCGAUAUACAUGGAGCCAAUUGAUGGGGUUGAGGCUAUCCCAAAGAACAGGUGGAAAUUGAUCUGCUCACUAUGUCGCGAGAAGAUGGGAGCCUGCGUACAAUGCGACAACCGAAACUGCUUUACCGCCUUCCACGUCACUUGCGCUCGGCAGAUGGGGUGUCUCUCUCCGAUGAAGUCUGCGCAUAAUGACGGGACGCUCAAAGCGUACUGUGACAAACAUCUUCCCGACGAUAUGCGCAAAGACACCUUUGACGACGAAUUCGGAUCCGACGACUCGGGAACCCCUCUGCCCAAGAAACAGCGCGCGGCCGCGGUCAUCAAAGCUGCAGUAACGACCAAGACUGCCCGUGCGCACGCCAAGUCGUAUCGACCCGGACCGCCUGUCGUUCCCCACCUCAUUGUCCAGAUGCUGCUGGACUAUGUCAGCAAGCUCCAGAUAAGAAAGCGGGCGGGGUUUGUGGAGAAGCUAUGUCGAUACUGGAGUUUGAAGCGGGAAGCGAGGAGGGGCGCCCCGCUCCUGAAGCGACUACAUCUCGAGCCAUGGACAGCGUCGAAUGCUGGCCGACAGCAGACCGAGGCGGAGAAGGCGCUAAAGCUGUCUUUUCUCCGUCUGCUGCGGAAUGAUCUGGAGAAGGUCCGGAUGUUGGCGGAGCUGGUGCGCAAGCGGGAGCGGGAGAAGUUGCGGCAGGCGCAAGUCAUCAAGGAUAUGGUGGAUGGGUUCAUCUUUCCGGGGUAUGAGCAGUUACGUCUGACUCUGGAGAAGAUAUCUGCUAUGGACCGGAACGAGCUGUUUCUGAACCCCGUCAACCGCUUCGAGGUCCCUGACUAUUUCCAGGUCAUCAAGGAACCAAUGAGCUGGAUGCAAAUGGACGACAAGCUGGAGAAGAACCUGUAUCGGACAACGGAGGACUUCAAGCGCGACGUCCAUCUCGUUCUCGACAAUGCUAUACUGUAUAAUAAGCCCGAAACCCAGUUCAACAAGGUCGCCAAGCGCAUCCAAGCCAACGUCCAGCCCCUUCUUGACGAGCUCAGCACACUCGGCUCUCAUUCGAUGAUGAUGCCUCCCGGCGAUGGCCUGGACAUAUCGUCGGUACCGGCCGAGGCAAUUGGCGAUCUCGAGCCAUCCCUUCUACUUCUGCAGUCGGCUUUGCACACAUCGACCGUCGACACCGAGCUGGACAACCUCCGCUCGGUCUUUGCAUUCGAGAUGGCCAAGCCUCGACCACCUACCCCGCCCCCACCACCCCCGCCUACUCCCCCCAAACGGCCCACAAAUGCGGAGCUACGCGAAAGGCGAGCUGCGCGUGCUGCGGCUGCGGCUGCGGUCGCCAAGCCGCCUGUCGUCCCGCGGGCUACUCGGGCGAAUAUCCAAGCCAAUGUGGCAUUUGCGCAAGAAGCUGGCUUUGCCGGCUCGUCCGAUACCGAAGCGCACUCGCGGCAGACCUCGGGCGCCUCGCGAUCCCGAAGCGGCCGUUCCAGACUGGCGCCACCCACGGAACAACCGUCAUCCGCUCUUACUUCUCCCGGGCCCGAGUCAUCGACAAGCGCCCGUGGAAAGCGAAGUAGAAUGCCAACGACCACAUCGGCCGUGACUCCUUCCGAGGCAGAGACGUCGUCUACCGCGCCGAGACCUCGUCCGAGGCUUCAGACGGGUGUGGUGGCGAUAGAGACUAUUCCUCUGAUCAGCGACAAGGAGAGGCGCAAGCGCGAGCUGGAGCUGGAUCUGGUGACGGAGGAUAUCGGCGCUGCAGAUCAUUUCAAGAGAUUCAAUGUCGGCUGGGUGUUGCCGGCCGGAACGAAGCGGAAGCGGGCGGAAAGGCCGGAUCUGCUCGGAGUACCUCGAGGUCGAUCCGGAACAGCAAGUACCUCCCCUCUCGUACCGGCUGUUACCCUGCCACCCUCGCCUGAAAAAGCCGGGCCACCGCAACGCAGUAGCCCACUCAGCGCCAUAUCGUCAGACAACCUCACGCCACCCGGCUCUGAGGCCGACGCAACCGAAGCUCCUAUCUUUAACGUGACUCCGGCGGAGGACGAAGGGCAGGCUCAGGCUGGUCCCGGUCCAAGCACCGCCAGGAACAGGAAGCGGAAGCCCAAGGGCUACCCAGCAACCUCUGGGCGGAAGAGGAGGCGGACCGACAAGAAAGACGAGCAGGCGGAGCUGGGAGAGGAUGUGGAGAUGGCGGAGGCGGCAGAAGAGGAGGAGCCGGGAGUGGCGCAUGUCUCGGAAGAAGACGACCUAAGCCCACCGCCACCGGACUCUCGGGCGGGCGAGACUACCCCGAAAGCUGCCACGCCAUCUUCGGCCCCUUUGACGCCCAUCGAGUAUACCCCGGUCAAGCGCGUUACUCGCGGACGGGGCAGAACAAGCGGGAAUGUUGAGGCAGCUGCCGCUGAGCGGACCGAGAGAGGUGACCGGGAGGCGGAGCAGGCAGUAUCCAAUGCGCCUACGCCGGUAGCCUCGGCCGUACCGCAACGUAUCUCUCGGACUGGCCGGAAGUCCGGGGUUGCGAUUGCCGUGCCAGCCCCAGCUCUCGCUGAGCAAGAAGCUGCGAGUGGGCAAGCGGAGUCUAGCGCAAUCUCAUCUAUUGCCUCGUCACCCGUCAAACGUAACAGCCGGUCGAGUCGGAAGUCCGCGGCUGCACUGAAGGAGGAGAAGGCGGUGCAAGUGGAGCAGGAAGACGAGAUCAUGCACGACGAUCAAGGGGUGGAGGAGGCGGCCUCGGAUAUCGCUUCGCCCGCCAAGUCUUCUCCGGUGAAGCGGGGCUCUCGGUCGAAUCGAAAGUCCAAAGCGGACACUGCUGGGCCAAGCCGUCCUAUUGAAGAGGAGGACGAUGAUGAUGCGAUGGGGGAGAUACGAGCAGACUCUGUCGCGCCUACCGAGGCUACCGAGCCGAAAGAUGAAGAGGAUGACCCUUUCCCAGAGGGAACUCUUGUCUGGGCUAAAGUCCCUGGGUACCCCUAUUUCCCCGCUGAAAUCGUCGAUCCUGAGGACGAGGACCUCGAGUUGUCCGAAGCCGUCUUCGAAGGCCAACCUGCCGAGGAUGCUGAGCGCCAUUGGCUCAUCCGCUUUUUCGACCCUACCAACAGCUUUGCGUGGGUCUCCCAGGCUAAGAUGGAUAUGCUUGGUGAAUCGGAUGAACUUGACGGGGCGUACUUGGCUCUCAAAGAGAGAGGACGCGGUGGCAUUUUCGGUCGGUCCAAGUACUCAGGGAUUCAUCGGUUCAAGACGCAACUCUCCAAGGCAUUCAGAGAUGCUAGGGCUCAGAUGGUUGAGAGCGGCGAAGAGACAUGA